AUGGCAGUGUCUACUGGACAGGCAGUCGCCAGUCCUGCAGAUGAGGAAAAAGCUCGUGAACUGGCUAAGUACAGGAAGAAGUUGGUUGAAUACAGAGACAUUGAGCAACAGCUGAAACUGCUAAGAAAGAAGGAAGGUGAGCUGCAGAAAGCUCUCGAAAAAUCAGAAAACGAUAUCAAAUCGCUGCACUCCGUUGGUCAAAUUGUUGGUGAGGUGCUGAAACAACUCGCGGAGGAGAAGUUCAUUGUCAAGACCACAAAUGGACCACGAUAUGUAGUGGGAUGCCGUCGGUCCAUAAACAAGGAACAACUGAAACCGGGCACCCGAGUUGCUCUUGACGUGACCACCUUGACGAUUAUGCGGCAACUACCUCGUGAAGUGGACCCGUUGGUUUACAAAAUGUCACACGAAGAUCCAGGCAACGUCACCUAUGCCGAUGUUGGCGGUCUUGACGAGCAAAUCCGUCAGCUCAGAGAGGUUAUCGAGCUUCCAUUGAAAAACCCGGAAUUGUUCCGUCGUGUAGGAAUUACUCCUCCCAAGGGAUACAAAUACAUUGGAGAAUCCGCACGUAUGAUCAGGGAGAUGUUCAACUACGCGCAUGAUCAUCAGCCUUGCAUAGUGUUCAUGGACGAAGUUGAUGCCAUAGGCGGGCGUCGGUUCUCGGAGGGCACUUCUGCCGAUCGUGAAAUUCAAAGAACAUUGUUGGAGUUGCUGAGCCAGCUCGAUGGUUUUGAUUCGCUUGGGAGAAUUAAAGUGUUGAAAAUUCACGCAAAUCCAAUCACGAAGAGUGGAGACAUAAAUUAUGACGCUGUGGUGAAGCUAUCCGAUGGGUUCUCCUGUGCUGAUCUUCGCAACGUUUGCACGGAAGCGGGUCUUUUUGCGAUUAGAGCAGAGCGUGAAUAUGUCAUAGAAGAAGAUUUCAUGAAGGCUGUCCGCAAGGUUGGUGACGCCAAACGACUGGAGACAAAGCUGGAUUACAGGCCCGUGUAA